UGGCAACUCUUGAUCGCAGCGUGCAUGGGAUUAUCACACGCACACACAUAUACAGACACACUUUUUUAUUUUUCCUUAAUUUUUGUCGCUUUUUUUAAGGAGACACUGUUUUAAGUGAGAAGUAAAGGAGCGUUUUGUGUUUCUGCUGUUUUUUUUUUAGUCUUUGGGAAGUUUUCUUGUUGUGGUUUUUGUUCCACUAGCGGCUGGUUUCGUGCAUGCGAUGGAUCACACGCUGUUCGGCUGUUUGCGCAGCCCUCAUGUCCCUCCGCAGGCCCUGCACCCCGCCUUUGCCCUUCACGGACGCUCCGAGAACCUCUCCUCAUACCCCAACCUCUCCACCUCCUCUCCUUCUUCUACCUGCAUCGUGAGCGGUUACCCAGGUGAGGAUGGAGGUAUGUUUGGGGGACACGGGCAUCAGCGAGGGCCGCCCAUGUCCCAGCAGCAUCAUCAUCAUGUACCCCAGCAGACCGGAUGGCACAUACCGCAGACGGCCAGCGUCUCUCCAGCAAGCGCCCGUCUAGGACUGGGGAUCUCAGCCCCUGACUCAGGCGCUUCAGAGAUGGGCCCCGGGGGACCCAGCCUCUGCGCAAGCACACCGAGCCUUGGCGGAGGGGUGCCCUCGGGUGCCUCCUGUGUUCCUGGAGGGGAUUUCGGACGUCAAACGAUGUCUCCAGCUGAGGCGGAGAAAAGGAAUAGCAAACGAAGAAGUGACAGCUCUGAGUCCCAAGAUGGGAAUUACAAAUCGGAUGUGAGCAGCAAGCCAAGAAAGGAGCGGACGGCGUUCACCAAAGAGCAGAUUCGAGAACUGGAGGCAGAAUUCGCCCAUCACAACUAUUUGACCAGACUGAGGCGGUACGAAAUCGCAGUGAAUCUGGAUCUCACGGAAAGGCAGGUAAAAGUGUGGUUUCAGAACAGACGGAUGAAGUGGAAGCGAGUUAAAGGAGGUCAACAGGGGGCGGUAGCGAGAGAAAAGGAGCUUGUGAAUGUGAAGAAGGGAACGCUGCUUCCCUCUGAGUUUUCGGGAAUUCCUGGACUCCUCCAUACACCGGACUCGCUUAUCCACAAUGAGGACAGCCACGACAGUGACCAGAGCUCUGAGCACGCUCACUUAUGAUACAAACAGAUCCCAUAUGCCUUUCGUUGCUUAUCUGGGGUCAUGUUUAGUUCUGGAUUAUGCUAAAGUACGGACUGAAAGUACACAAAGACUUUUUGUGCCAAUGAGGAGGCACUGCAACACUGUGCCUUUCAGAGUAGUGACAGUGCUCACUAAACAUGUACAAAUGUACAUAGGACUGGUGUAUUGUUGUGCAUUCGGAUGAUACAGAAUAUGUGUGAUACUUUGGCAUCAAUAUUCACAAAGAAAAAGUGCCCUGCUAGUUUGACAGAAAUGUUUACACAUUUGAAAUGUGCUGUUGGUCAUUUUAAAAUCCUGCCUGUCAGCAUAGCCGGAUAGCGUCCCAGAUUUGUGUUGCUGUACACAGAGCCUAGGGACUUCUGUCAGGUCGUAUGGAUAUUCUUUGCAUGCUAUUCCAUAAAAUAAUCACUUACAGCACCUUUUAAGAACCCUAUUUCUGGCAGUCGAAUCUGGCCCAAUAACAUUCCAUAAUGUUCUUGCAUUGAAAAGAUUGCCGGUUUUUGUGCCUUCAUUUUUUUUUACUGUAUGUUUUUGUACAAUGUUGAUGUCAUCGGAAUAAUGAUCAAUCAAGCAUGGUCAAAAACAUUUCAGAUAAUAUUAUGCCAUGUAAAUAUAAUUAUUGCUAUUUUAAAAAAUGUGACAGCUGUAUCAUGUGCACACAAUACCACAUGCUUCAACAAUAAACUUUUCGUAUGUCGCUUGGUA